GUUAUCUUGAAUAUUUGUAAUUGAUUAUCAAAUCAGUAUGAUCCAGACAUGGUUUUAAGGUUGGAAACAAGGUGGCAAUUUAGUGAAUUGUCUUUUUUUUUUUUUUUUAAAUACAGUACAAACAUUUUUAAACCAAUUUAGUUUAUUAAUGUGUUUUACAUAUAGUUGUUUUAUGAACUGGUUAAUGAAUUUGGGUGUGAAUUAAAUGCUGUGCCAUGCUGAAACCAAGUUAAAGUGAGUUUACAUCGGAAAGCAUCCCACUACAAAUGCUGUCCUCUGUCCCUCUGUUCCCUCUGUUCUAAUUAGCCGAUGGUAGUUCUCCAAAACAGAUCAUCGAUUGCUGGCCAAUAUGGAAACAGUGUUCUUGCCAGUCUAAACAGAACGUUCCAGAACUAUCCUAUACACCUUAUUCAUCAACACAGAAAGGCAAGACUUCCGGGAAAUAACAUGAAGAAUGACAACGUGCAGUAAAUGACACAAAAAUGCCAGAGUAAAGAUGGGAGACUGGAACUUUCUAGGUGGGAUUUUGGAGGAGGUGCAUAUCCACUCCACUAUGGUGGGGAAGAUCUGGCUGACCAUCCUCUUCAUCUUCCGCAUGCUUGUGCUCGGAGUGGCAGCGGAGGACGUGUGGAACGACGAACAGGCUGACUUUAUCUGCAACACAGAGCAGCCUGGUUGCCGCAACGUGUGCUACGACAAAGCGUUCCCCAUUUCCCUCAUCCGCUACUGGGUGUUGCAGGUCAUUUUUGUAUCUUCACCCUCGCUGGUAUACAUGGGCCAUGCCCUCUACCGCCUCCGUGCUCUGGAAAAAGAACGGCAGCGGAAAAAACUGGCACUGAGACGUGAACUCGAAGGCGUGGAUGUAGAGAUGGCGGAGGUGCGGCGUAAAAUAGAGCGCGAGCUUCGACAGAUCGACCAGGGGAAGCUAAACAAAGCUCCACUGAGGGGGUCUCUUCUUCGCACCUACGUGGCUCACAUAGUCACCCGCUCUGCCGUAGAGGUGGGUUUCAUGACCGGACAAUAUGUUCUGUAUGGGUUUCAACUAAACCCGCUGUAUAAAUGUGAACGGGAGCCCUGUCCGAACGCGGUGGAUUGUUUUGUGUCCCGACCCACUGAGAAAAGCGUCUUCAUGGUGUUCAUGCAAUGCAUAGCUGCCAUCUCAUUGUUCCUUAACAUCCUGGAGAUCAUGCACCUGGGCUACAAGAAGCUCAAAAAGGUCAUCUUAAACUACUACCCUCAGUUGAGGGAUGAUCUUGAUGAUAGCUACUAUCCCAACAAGCUGAAGAAAGAUUCUGUGGUGCAUCAGACGUGCAUCGGCACCUCCACAGGCCGCAAGGCCACCAUUGCUUCAGCACCCAGCGGAUACAACCUUCUUCUCGAAAGACCACCUGAUGGAGCCACCUACCCUCCUUUGAUCAACCCAUCCUCUGCUUUCUUGCCCGUUCAGGGUGACUUGCAAGCUAAAGAUGGCUCUGAUGCACCGAAGUACUCUCAGAAUAGUCCUACGGAGCACAACAGCAAUUCCAACAACACCAGCAGUGAUACACGUUCACCACCUUGCACCACGCCGCCGAAGCAAGAUGACGGAGAAGAUGUCCACCCUCCAUCUCUGCUUAAGAAAGGCCAGGAGUCUAAGACUUCGGACUCAUCGAGCCACCCCAGGGAAUCUUCUCAUACAUCAUCCGGCAUUGGAAAGAAGCCAUGGAAGGUCAGCGCACCCUGGAACUGUUCAACGGUUGUAGAAGGUAAUGGCUCCGACACGGAUUCCCUGGAAGGCGCUAAGGCCCGCUGUCCCUACGCCACCGUGCGGGCACGUACUUCAUCCAGGUCCGAUUCCAAAAUGAGCAGGCCCACGUCUCCUGAUUCAAUAGAAGAAUCCAGCUCGGAGUCACGGCAUAGUCCGAGAGCGUCACCGAGUCAUCCCGCCUCACUGGCCAGCAGUUCCAGCAGCAGACGAGCAGCUCCUACAGACUUACAGAUAUGAUAUGCAUUCACUACUGAUGGUAGCCAUGCCAUUUGUACAGUUAUAUAGUGAUGGAAUUGACUAAAGUGUCUGUAAAAUGACUUUCUCUAUAAAGUUGUGGCACUCCUUAAUGGAUUGUUUACGGUCUCUUUUUACACACAUAUCAAUUUAGCAGUACACACUGACAGUAUAUUUAAUAUACAAUAGUAGUUUGACUGACAAAAUGAUGUAAUGGUAAGAAAAAAAAAAUAAUUAUAACACAUUGUGGAGUAAUAGAGCAGCUGUAAAAAUCUUUAAAAAUAUGAUGCUGUGCAAAAAUAACUUGUUUUAUGUACAUAUGUCAUAUUAACAUAAAUAAACUGGUCUGCUUUACAGUGAAAUUAA